UUGAAGAAUUUUACCCCAAACAGCGGGCAGCGUCGAAGGCCUGUAAACUCCUAUAAGUAGGAGCCAUUUUCUUGUCCAAUUCGUGUGAUUGCCCUCUAAAGAAAUGGAGGAAUACUUGCAAAAUCUUCGGAGUUUGAGGUCUCAGAUGAACGAUAUUGAGGAGGUGGCCGCUAAGAAGUCAGUGGAAGAGCAGAGGCAGAAGACAGCAAUUGAGGCAUUGGAGAAGGAUCUUUUCUCAGUUGCAUCAGAAACUACACGUAUAAGUACCGAGUCUGAGGACCUAGAGAAAGAAAAAGCUCAGAUUUGCCAACAGAUUUUUGAGAAACAGAAGAAGAUAUCCUCCUUCGAAAACGAAACAUCUACCCUUUCACAGCCCGCACUAAGAACUUUGGAUAUGGAAGCUUUGCUAGAGGAACAUAAGGCUCUACUGGCUGACGAAUCUGGGGAACUGGAAUACCUGAAGUCGUUAGAAGAUCAGAUAAAGCAAGUGAAGGUGUAUAUCAUCCUCCUCUCAUCUUUUUCACCUAGAACAAUGCCAUAA